CUCUGAAACUCUCUUCUUCUCCGUUGUUGCAGGCUACCAAUUUUUUUCCUUUCCAAAAUUAUCCUCAAACAUUUCAAAAUGGCCACCAAAUUUCCACUAUUUUAUCAAUAACAGGCUCCCUUUAGCUUUGCCAAUCUUCACUCUUUCAAUGGACUCCAUCUUCACUUCACCAUGCCUCUCUCAACUCUCCCCUCCAAAUUUCAGAACCAGGUACCUUUUCAGAACCCAUAAGUUUAUUAAGAAGCCCGCCAAAACCCUCUCCAUUAAGCUCAAUUUUAAAGCUUUUGCCUUCCAAGGAAGCCCCAGAAGCUCCAAACCUGUAAAAAACCAAAACUUGAUGGUACCCAGAGGGAGAGAUUUGGAAAAAGAAGUCAAAGCCUCAUCUGGGUUUUCUUCAUUUCAAUAUUUAGUUAAGACUUUGUCUUUUACUUUGCUUUGUUUUGCAAUUGGGUUGUCAAAUUUCAGUCCAAAUGGGGAGUUUAAAGGUGUAGCGAUGGCUGCAGUGGUAGAAAAACUGAGUGUGAGGGGGAAAAAGGAAGAAAAGGAAGAGACUUCGAGUAAAUAUGAACACCGGUUUUCGGAUUAUACAAAGAGGUUGUUAGAGGUGGUUUCGGGGUUGUUGAGGAGAAUAGAGGAGGUUAGAAAUGGAAAUGGUGAUGUUAAGGAUGUUGGAGAAUUGUUGAAAGCUGUGAAACUGAAGAAAGAGGAGUUGCAAGGGGAGAUAAUGAGAGGGUUGUAUGGGGAAUUAAGGGAGUUGAGGAGGGAGAAAAUGGAGUUAGAGAAAAGAGCUGAUAAGAUAGUGGAUGAAGUUCUGAAAGUGGAAAGUGAGAAGGAGAAGGAGAAGGAGAAGGGGAAAAGGAAGGGGAAGGGUGGGAGAGGAAGGAAGGUGAAAGAGAAAGGACCAGAUACAGUGGAAAAGUCGGAAGAGGGGAUAGAGAAAAUGGAGGAGGAAUAUAAUGGGAUAUGGGAGAGAAUCGAGGAGAUUGAGGAUGAUAUUUUGAGGAGAGAAACUGCGGCACUGAGUAUUGGUGUGAGGGAGCUUUGUUUUAUUGAGAGAGAGUGUGAGGAGUUGGUGCAACGGUUUAAUAACCAAAUGAGGAGGAAGGAGCUAUUCGAGAGUCUGCCAAAAAGUCCUAUUACCAAUCUUUCAAGGUCUGAAAUUCGAGAUGAACUUAAAAUGGCACAAAGAAAGCUCUUUGAACAGAUGAUUUUGCCUAGUGUUGUGGAUGCUGAAGAUCUUGGGGCAUUCUUUAAUCAAGAUUCUAUGGAUUUUGCUUUACGCAUAAAACAAUGUCUUAAAGAUUCUAGGCAGAUGCAGAAGAAUGUGGAAUCUCGUGUAAGAAGAAGGAUGAGAAAAUUUGGCAGUGAAAAGCGUUUUGUUGUAAAAACGCCUGAGAAUGAAGUUGUGAAAGGAUUUCCAGAAGUUGAAUUGAAGUGGAUGUUUGGAGAUAAGGAAGUUGUUGUUCCUAAAGCUGUUAGUCUACAUUUGCACCAUGGCUGGAAGAAGUGGCGUGAAGAAGCUAAAGCGGACCUGAAAAGAUGCCUGUUGGAAGAUUCUGAUUUUGGCAAACAAUAUGUAGCUCAAAGACAGGAACGAAUUCUCUUGGAUCGAGAUAGAGUGGUUGCAAAGACUUGGUACAAUGAAGAGAGAAGUAGGUGGGAAAUGGAUCCAAUGGCUGUUCCUUAUGCAGUUUCUAAGAAGUUAGUAGAGUAUGCUCGAAUCAGGCAUGACUGGGCUGUGAUGUAUAUUGCACUAAAAGGGGAUGAUAAGGAAUAUUUUGUUGACAUCAAGGAAUUUGACAUGCUAUAUGAGAACUUUGGAGGAUUUGAUGGGUUAUACCUGAAAAUGCUUGCUUGCGGCAUCCCAACUGCUGUUCAAUUGAUGUAUAUCCCUUUCUCGGAGUUGGAUUUUCGUCAACAGUUUCUCUUGACAACAAGGCUGGUUCAUCAAUGCUUAACUGGGUUAUGGAAGACAAAAUUUGUAUCACAUGGAAAAGAUUGGGUUUAUGAGAAAAUUAGAAAUAUAAAUGACGAUAUAAUGAUGGUUAUUGUAUUUCCACUCAUUGAAUCUAUCAUUCCUUACCCGGUUAGGUUGCAGUUGGGGAUGGCAUGGCCAGAAGAAAUAGGUCAAUCUGUUGCCUCCACGUGGUAUUUGAAAUGGCAGUCUGAAGCAGAAAUGAAUUUCAAGUCCAGAAAGACAGAUGACUUUAAUUGGUUUCUUUGGUUUCUCAUUAGAACCACUAUCUAUGGGUUUAUUUUGUAUCAUGCAUUCCGUUUCCUUAGAAGAAAAGUUCCAAGAGUUCUUGGUUAUGGACCCAUACGUAGAGAUCCAAACAUGAGAAAACUGCGGAGAGUGAAAGGCUAUUUCAGUUAUAGGCUGAGGAAGAUCAAAAGUAAGAAGAAGGCAGGCAUUGAUCCCAUAAGAACUGCUUUUGAUGGAAUGAAGAGAGUGAAAAAUCCUCCAAUUCCCUUGAAGGACUUUGCUAGCAUUGAGUCUAUGAGAGAGGAAAUCAAUGAAGUAGUUGCAUUUCUCCAGAACCCUGAUGCAUUCGAAGAAAUGGGUGCCCGUGCACCUAGGGGAGUUCUUAUUGUUGGAGAGAGAGGAACAGGGAAAACGUCUCUUGCACUAGCCAUAGCUGCUGAGGCAAGGGUUCCAGUUGUCAAUGUUGAAGCCCAACAGUUGGAGGCUGGGCUGUGGGUUGGCCAAAGUGCAUCAAAUGUUAGGGAACUUUUUCAGACAGCAAGGGAUUUGGCACCUGUAAUUAUAUUUGUGGAGGAUUUUGAUCUCUUUGCUGGUGUUCGUGGAAAAUUUAUCCACACAAAAAAGCAGGACCAUGAGGCCUUCAUCAAUCAACUUCUGGUGGAACUUGAUGGGUUUGAGAAACAGGAUGGGGUUGUUUUGAUGGCUACUACUAGAAAUAUCAAGCAAAUUGAUGAGGCUUUACAACGGCCUGGUCGUAUGGACAGAGUAUUUCAUCUUCAAAGGCCAACUCAAGCAGAAAGGGAGGGGAUACUACAGAUUGCUGCAAAAGAAACCAUGGAUGAGGAGUUUAUUGAUAUGGUAGACUGGAAAAAGGUUGCUGAGAAGACUGCCCUUUUGCGGCCUAUAGAACUUAAACUUGUUCCUGUUGCCUUGGAAGGUAGUGCAUUUAGAAGCAAGUUUCUUGACACAGAUGAACUUAUGACCUACUGUAGUUGGUUUGCGACUUUCAGCAGCAUAAUCCCAAAAUGGAUGCGGAAAACCAAAAUUGUCAAGCAAAUUAGCCAAAUGCUGGUGAAUCACCUUGGACUAAAUUUGACCAAAGAUGAUCUGCAGAAUGUGGUUGAUUUAAUGGAGCCAUAUGGUCAGAUAAGCAAUGGAAUAGAAUAUCUAAAUCCUCCCCUUGAUUGGACAAGAGAGACUAAGUUCCCACAUGCUGUCUGGGCUGCUGGCCGUGCUCUCAUAGCACUACUUCUACCAAAUUUUGAUGUUGUGGAUAAUCUAUGGCUUGAGCCUUGUUCCUGGGAGGGAAUUGGAUGUACAAAGAUUACCAAAGCAAGAAAUGAAGGGUCUAUGUAUGGCAAUGCAGAGUCAAGGUCUUACCUUGAAAAGAAGCUUGUAUUCUGCUUUGGGUCACAUAUUGCAGCCCAACAGCUUCUGCCUUUUGGAGAAGAAAAUUUACUUUCUGCAUCAGAACUAAAGCAGGCUCAGGAGAUAGCAACAAGGAUGGUGAUUCAGUAUGGAUGGGGUCCUGAUGAUAGUCCUGCAGUCUACUACAGUACUAAUGCGGUUACGGCUUUGAGCAUGGGAAACAAUCAUGAGUUCGAGAUGGCUACUAAAGUUGAAAAGAUUUACGAUUUAGCAUAUGAGAAGGCAAGGGAUAUGCUUAAGAAAAAUCAUCGAGUUCUUGAAAAGAUUGUGGAAGAGUUGCUUGAGUUUGAAAUAUUGACUGGAAAGGACUUGGAAAGAAUAUUAAAUGAAAAUGGGGGUCUCCGAGAUAAGGAGCCUUUUUUCUUAUCGCACGUCGACUAUAACGAGCCAUUGUCUAGCAGUUUUCUUGAUGAAGGGAGUGCAUCAGGAGCUACUACUUUUCUCGAUAUUGCGGCGUAGGAGAAAGAGAACAUCCGGCUCUGACAUUCAUACCUCAAAGGCGAGAAGUGAAAACGAUUUUCAUCUUUUGAGCUUAGGAAACAAAAGUAGUUGUACGGAGGGGUAACGUUCUUCGGAUUGAGAAGAGGUGCCAUAUUUUUUCUUCUCAACCGGUUUUUUUAACUGUUCUGGAUUAAAAGCUCGGUAAUAAUUCAGGUAAUUGUUUCCCCAACAUUCUUAUCAAAACGAAACAUGUCUUGAG